UGUGGCUGCUGUGGUGCCCUACGUCCCAGGUACAAAAGGCUGGUUGACAACAUCUUCCCUGAGGAUCCCGAGGAUGGCCUGGUGAAGACCAACAUGGAGAAGCUAACCUUCUACGCCCUCUCAGCUCCAGAGAAACUGGAUCGUAUUGGUGCCUACCUGUCCGAGAGGCUCAUCCGUGAUGUGGGUCGUCAUCGAUAUGGGUAUGUGUGCAUUGCCAUGGAGGCGCUAGACCAGCUGCUCAUGGCCUGCCACUGCCAGAGCAUCAACCUCUUCGUGGAGAGUUUCCUCAAGAUGGUGGCCAAGCUGCUGGAGUCGGAGAAGCCCAACCUGCAGAUCCUCGGCACCAACUCGUUUGUGAAGUUUGCCAACAUUGAGGAGGACACUCCAUCCUAUCAUCGAAGCUAUGACUUCUUUGUGUCCAGAUUCAGUGAAAUGUGUCACUCGAGCCACGACGACUUGGAAAUCAAGACAAAAAUUCGAAUGUCGGGCAUCAAAGGUCUGCAAGGGGUGGUAAGGAAGACAGUGAAUGAUGAAUUGCAGGCCAACAUCUGGGACCCACAGCACAUGGACAAGAUCGUCCCAUCACUGCUUUUCAACCUGCAACACGUAGAGGAAGCCGAGAGCCGGUCUCCCUCACCCCUCCAAGCACCCGAGAAGGAAAAGGAGAACCCAGCAGAGCUGGCUGAGAGGUGCCUUCGGGAGCUGCUGGGCCGGGCUGCCUUUGGCAACAUCAAAAACGCUAUAAAGCCUGUUCUCAUCCAUCUGGACAACCAUUCUCUUUGGGAACCCAAGGUGUUCGCCAUCCGUUGCUUUAAAAUCAUCAUGUACUCAAUUCAGCCGCAGCACUCCCACCUGGUUAUCCAGCAGCUCCUGAGCCACCUGGACGCCAACAGCCGCAGCGCCGCGACUGUGCGCGCCGGCAUCGUGGAGGUUUUGUCGGAAGCUGCAGUCAUCGCCGCCACCGGCUCAGUGGGGCCCACGGUGCUGGAGAUGUUCAACACGCUGCUGAGGCAGCUGCGGCUCAGCAUCGACUACGCCUUGACGGGGAGCUACGACGGGGCCGCCAGCCUCGGCACCAAGAUCAUCAAGGAGCACGAGGAGCGCAUGUUCCAGGAGGCGGUCAUCAAGACCAUCGGCUCCUUUGCCAGCACGCUGCCCACUUACCAGCGCUCCGAAGUGAUCCUGUUCAUCAUGAGCAAGGUCCCGCUGCCUUCCCUGCACCACCCUGUGGAGACCGGGCGGACCGGGGAGAACAGGAACCGUCUGACCCAGAUUAUGCUGCUGAAAUCCCUCCUUCAGGUAUCCACAGGUUUCCAGUGCAGCAACAUGAUGUCAGCCCUGCCCAGCAACUUCCUAGAUCGCCUUCUCUCCACCGCCCUCAUGGAGGAUGCAGAAAUCCGUCUCUUCGUUCUAGAGAUUCUCAUCAGCUUCAUUGAUCGUCAUGGCAACCGCCACAAGUUCUCUACCAUCAGUACCCUUAGUGACAUCUCUGUCCUGAAGCUGAAAGUGGACAAGUGCUCUCGGCAGGACACUGUCUUCAUGAAGAAGCUCUACAGACACAUCUACCUGAGCUGCAAGGAGGAAACGAACAUGCAGACACACUACGAGGCACUCUACGGCUUGCUGGCACUCCUCAGCAUUGAGCUGGCCAAUGAGGAGGUGGUGGUGGACCUCAUCCGCCUGGUGCUGGCUGUUCAGGACGUGGCCCAGGUCAAUGAAGAGAACUUGCCCGUGUACAACCGCUGUGCCCUCUACGCUCUGGGCGCCGCCUACCUGAACCUCAUCAGCCAGCUCACAACGGUGCCUGCCUUCUGCCAGCACAUCCAUGAGGUGAUAGAGACCAGGAAGAAAGAGGCUCCAUACAUGCUCCCUGAGGAUGUGUUUGUAGAGAAACCCAGGCUGUCUGCAAACCUUGAUGGAGUGGUGAUUGAGUUCCUCUUCCGCCAGAGCAAGAUCAGUGAAGUCCUGGGGGGCAGUGGCUACAAUUCAGACAGGCUCUGCCUGCCCUACAUCCCUCAGCUGACAGAUGAGGAUCGCUUAUCCAAGAGGAGGAGCAUUGGGGAGACCAUCUCCCUGCAGGUGGAGGUGGAAUCGAGGAAUAGCCCAGAGAAGGAGGAGCGAGUGCCUGCCGAGGAGAUCACCUAUGAGACGCUGAAGAAGGCUAUUGUGGACAGUGUAGCGGUCGAGGAGCAGGAACGUGAGCGGCGGCGACAGGUGGUGGAGAAGUUCCAGAAGGCACCUUUUGAGGAGAUUGCAGCACACUGUGGGGCCCGGGCGUCACUGCUCCAGAGCAAACUCAAUCAGAUCUUUGAAAUCACCAUCCGGCCUCCCCCAAGCCCAUCCGGAACCAUCACCGCAGCCUACGGUCAGCCGCAGAACCACUCCAUCCCCGUCUACGAGAUGAAGUUUCCCGAUCUGUGCGUCUACUGAAUUCCAAGAGACAGAGCUCCUCGGGGUGAUGGGGUCUGAGGGAGAGCUCACCCUCACACCCACCCUACCACAUGGAAAUCUAGCUGGGAUCCUGAGAAAAAGUCACCUUGGAUGGCAGCACCUCCCCAGCUAAGCAAAGGUGGAAACUCUCUGGUCCUUCUUGCCUUCCUACCUCCUCCUUGUCUUCCCUGAGGGAGAUCCAGACACCUGCCCCUCUGGGGCCUUUGUCUUCUCUUUCAUGUCAGCCAGGGGCAGAAAAUCGUGAGGGUGUCUUCCGAGAGAAGCCGAGGGGUGGAGAAGCCCCUGCUUGGGGUGUUGAGAGAAGGGUUCCCACUGGGGAUACAUCUGUGGGACAUAUCUGCCACUCCCCAGAGGAGGGAACUGUAUGGAGACUUGGUGGGUCAAAGGAAGCCAUAGAGACACUCAGGAGGAACCAAGGACGCUUCUCCUGGAGAGGAGUGAGGGUGGAGCGCUGGGGAGCACUCCCGUCCCUCCUCCCCACCCAAGUCUUUGCUGUGUCCCCCACUCCCUUGCUUACCACCCCUCAGCUGUUUCUUUCUACUAUUGAUGAACAUGGGACCCUUAUAACAGAGGCUGGGGCAGACACCACAGGGGGCCACAAAGGGUGGGAUGCAGGGCAGGCAGAUGGCUGGGCAGCAGGUGUCAGUGGGGACAGCAUCUUCUCAUCUCCUUUGUUCAGAGGGAGCUGGUGUUGGCCUCCUGUGGUUCUGACUUCUGGAUAUUUUUUGGAGUUGGGUUCUUUCUCUUUAAUGACUUUCUUCUGAGGGUCUCAAGGUGUUCCUAGAACAUCUGGGUUGAGGAAGGCAGAACAAGAUAAUCUGGUUCCAGAUGACUCAGAAAGGGGGAGCAGCUGUAGAGCCCCAGGCCUGCCCACGUCACCUCCUGUGGAAGAGGCUCCCAGCCUGGUCCGGGGGCAGGGGAGAGUGGGAUGAGUGGCAUUUGGGGGCUCAAGGAUAUGGCAGAAGUCAACCUUCUAGAUGUUCUAUUUGAGGAAAGAAGGAUCCAGCACCUAAUAUUGGAAUGAUUUCACUCUCUGGACAAAGUCUGGGAUGUGGGUGCCACCUGGCAAUGUUUGUGACAUGGGAGAGACCGUGAAGCCCCCUUUGAGUUCUGGGUUUCUGUUUUCCCUGUGUGCUGUCUGCACAACUCUGUGCAACUGGAGUACGCAGGGAGGAGCUGACAUAGAGCUGCAAAGGAAGCCUUUUGCUGCCCUCCCUCCUAAUUCCCCUCCUAACCCUCCCUGGGCACUUUGUGCCUCCUGGGAGUCCCUGGCAAAGCCUCACCUGGGCCUCCUCCUGAGGCAGCACCCUAUGGUCCAAGCUCUUUUCUUCUCUUCCAUUCAAACUUCCCAUAACUUUUCUGAGCCAAUACAACUCACAGGAAGGUUUGAAUAGUCAAAUUAUUCUCCCUGGAGAGUUUGCUUUUUAAAAAGGGCAAGAGUGCCAGGCUCGGUGGCUCAGCCUGUAAUCC